AUGGAAAAGGUUCCAGUAACAAUAAUAACUGGGUUCUUAGGAACAGGAAAGACCACACUUAUCAAGCGAAUAUGUACUGAAGUAAUGACAAGGAGAAUUGGCGUUAUUCAGAACGAGUUUUCCGAAGUAAUGGGAGUUGAAAAGCCCAUUUUGUUAAAAUCAGGUGCUUCUGUUUACGAGUUGCCUAACGGGUGCCUGUGUUGUAGUUCCAAGUCUGAACUCGUGUCAGCUCUUGACUCAUUUCUGGAACUGAGCGAUAGAAUCGAUUGGAUAAUAAUUGAAUCAGCUGGAACAGCAGAUCCUCUAACUCUAACUGGCAACCUAUGGGUAGACGAUAACUUGGACUCUCGCCUAAGGCUGGACGGAGUAGUCUCAAUCACAGAUGUAAACACACUAAACUUAUUUUUAAACAAAAACGCGAACAAAUCAAAUUCCAUAAACAAUGCCAAUGCUAAUGCCACUUCUAAUGAAAAUGCUAAUAAGAAUACCGAUGAUAACGCACAAACUAUUAUGAAUAAUAGUAGUGAUGGUUGUUUCCCUAACGACUGCCAAGAGUUGUUUGAAACGUUUUCAAAACAGCUGUCAGUGGCAGAUUUAAUUGUCGUUAACAAAGCUGAUAUUAGCCCACUCACAAAUGAUCUUAGAGAAUACCUUCUCACCAUAAACAACUGUAAAGUAGUCGAGUCUGUUAAGUGCGACUUCGACUUAAACCAUAUAUUCGACCUUGGCACCUUCGAGUCUAAGAAGAUACUUACUUUACAACCUGAGACAGAGACUUGCCAUGCUCAUCAUGAGAAAAGCAGACUCAAGUCAGUAAGCAUCAGGAGUAAUCGUGUGUAUUCGCUAAAGUACAUAAAUGAUACUGUAUCGUCUCUCCUGUGGGACAGGAAUGAUGUUUACAGAUGCAAGGGUAUUUUCAAGGCUAUCGGGGACUGUCCAGUGACAGAUGUAGUUGACGCCAUGGACCACACCUACGAGUUACAGGGAAUCGGUCAAUUUUAUGAAAUAAAUCGAAUAGACGUCGAAGUGGAUGAAAACAUUUUCCUAUUUAUAGGAAACGACCUUAAUGCAGAUUAUUUAAAAAAACUAAUUUAG